AUGCAAUGCAUCUUUGCCGUACUAUUGCGGGUAGCUUGGUGGUCAUCGACGACUAAACUCCUAGUGCUCGUCAACCCGUAUGAUACCGGAUACUACGGCGUGUACGACCCCCCAACAAACGGUCGGUUCCCGAUGCCCGACGACGACUCUGGUAUAAUGAUGUCUGUGAAUCGGUUCAUGCUGCCUGGCACUUACAAUGCGCUAUACUGCUCACCAAAUUUGGAGCUCUCUCAGAUGAUCGCUAGGAUUGUCGACGGACUGACUCAAGUGGCUGAACCUAAAAACUCAUUAUUUGGAAUCAAAAAGAGAAAAUUUGAAAGCUGCUACGAAUCAAUUCGGGCUCGGAAUAAAGCUAAACAAAAGAAUGAUGCGCUGAAGAUGUCAGAGAUAAUCCGCGAAACUUCAUGUACGGAAAAAGUAAUAGCGAGCCUAGCCUCUACAAAUAAACUUUCCAUUCACGGAACGUACAGUAGCUUCGCACCAGCAAGGUCCACUGCCUCUAUGUUCAUAGAGGCUGAUAAACCCAUUCCAAUGAGCAAACUAGUUACGAGAGGACACUUCUUCCCAAGGCCCGGCAACUAUCGGUGGCGUGCGUUGGCUUGGUAUCUAGGCCACCUACGCGUAUUUGUAAAAUGUGCGGAUAAAGACGUCUGGUUUCUAUUGGAUGAUAUCGGGGACGAAUGGAAUAGUGGCAGACCAAUCUACCAAUAUUUAUCGACAGUUAACGAAGAAGUUGGAAAAGAUACCAUCCUGGUAAAGAAAAGUAAAAUCUUGAGAAGGCCUUGGGGAGACGCCGUCCCCAGUAUCUCCAAAAUCGAUUCGACUGCGGCACACAGCAGGGAUGGACCGCAUUAUUACAAGCGGAAGAUCUUGACCGGUAGACUUCCAGCGAGCAAGCCAUGGGGAACUUUUGGCUCACGGGUCGAUUGUGCAGAGCUGGACCCUCCAGUAGAGUUGUCACAUAAGAACGAUCGAUUGGGAAGAAAAAGGUUCAAGAAGCUCUAUAAAAAUAAGGAAACGCACUAG